AUGGAAACUAAAUCAGUCGCCGUCGUUAAUAUUGCCAGUACAGUCACCAACAAUAAAGGCCAUCAAGAUGGCGUACCAAAGACGACGAAGAAAAAGCCACGCAUGAACAUCCUUAAGGUGGCAUUGUACAUGCUAUCUCUAAAAUCUGGCAAAUCAAAAUCUGUCCAUACUGAUGUUGCCUCAAAGUGGAAGAAACUCUUGUCUUCCAUGCGCCCUUUGCACAUUAACAGCAACCAAUCGACUACAAAACCUCUCAUUGAGGCCACAGUACCGGCGCCGGCACCUUUAACAUCCACGGAGGUUGUUGAACAAUCAAAGGCUUAUACACCUCCCGCGGCAUACGAGGAUGUUGUUGAACCAUUAGAGGUUUUUACCCCACCUUGGUCACCGGCGCCGCAAAGCAUAGGAUCAUUCUCGUCUGGUCAAACUAGCAAAUACGCAUCGGCACAAAAUCUUCAAGAGCUUGAUGAUCAGAGCGAUGAAGAUGAAGAGGAUAGUUAUUAUGAUGAUAAAUAUGGGGACGAAAUGAUAGACAUGAAGGCUGAGGAAUUCAUCGCUAAAUUUUAUAACCAAAUGAAGCUUCAACAUAAGAGUUAG